UAACCAGGAACUAACACGUAGAGCCGCCUCAGCCGCUGAGUAAGCCCCUUAACACGGGGCAUCUGCAGACGGCGGUCAUGGAUGAAGAGUUGACGCUUUUGGACUGUCUUCUACCCUCAGGAAAACAAAGGAUCUGUUUGAUAAUUCUCAACCAGCCUCUGGAGAAGGACUUCCUUCAUAUCCUCUGGAACAAAGCUCUUCUGAAAGCUUGUGCUGAUGGAGCUGCCAACCACCUCCAUGACAUCACUGCUGGGGAACGCGACAGCUUUCUUCCUGACUAUAUCAGUGGGGAUUUCGAUUCCAUUACCGCCGAGGUCAAAGCCUUCUAUGGAGAAAAGGGGUGCAAGUUGAUAGAAACAGCUGACCAGGACCUCACAGACUUCACCAAGUGCCUGACCAUUAUGGUGGAGGAGAUCAACAGAAAACAGCUACAGGUGGACACCAUAGUGACUCUGGGUGGUCUGGCGGGCAGGUUAGACCAGACCAUGGCAUCGGUUGAGACCCUCUACCACUCUCUGUCCAUCACACAGCUCCCCCUGCUGAUCAUACAGGGGACCAGCCUGGCUCACCUACUUAGACCUGGCAGCCAUACACUCGGGGUGAACACGGGUCUGGAGGGGGAGUGGUGCAGCCUCAUCCCAGUCGGGGGGCCCUGUCAGACACACACCACUGGACUCAAAUGGAACAUUGACAACCAGGUCCUGCAGUUUGGGAAGCUUGUGAGCACGUCUAACACCUACGCGCCUGUCACCCCUGGGAGCCCAAGGAAGCCUGUGACAGUGACAACAGACCAGCCACUGCUGUGGAGCAUGGGCAUCAGCAGGGACAACAAAUGACACUGGGGAGAUCUUACCUCUAUCAGAAUAAACCAGUCCGGGUAUAGGUCUUACUAAGGCUUAGUUAGUCUUUCAAGGAUAAAGCCACUUAAUAUAGUUUCAUGUGCUAUGUUCAUAACACCAGAACAAAAUCAAAAGCAUCACUGGUUUGUGAAAUAUAAAACUAUAGUCAAGGCAGGAAUCAAUGAUUAAGUCUUGCCCUUGAGAAUUUCUAAAAUUAAGCCUUUACCAGCUGUCAUGAAAAUCAGGUUAGUUAUGUCAUGUAGCUGAGAAAGAUGACUGGCUUUUCAUUUAAUUUUCUUUUAAUUCAUGCAAGAGAACCAAGGCCUGUUUGGCCACACACAGGCUUGCCUGGUUUCAUUGCAUAAUGAGCGCUCAGGUGGGAUCAUCUACUUGUUCAUUUCAUACUGAAAAUUUAAAAUUUAAUCAGUUACCCAUCAUCAGUAAAUUCCAUAUUAAAUCACCAUAAUCCUAUUUACAGAAUAAUCAUUGUUAAAGGAGUAUUUCCCUACAUUUUUGACGUUAUACUGUUUGUCUAUGGAACACGUGACAUUUUUUUCCCCUUUAAAAGGUUUGGUUUCCUGUGCUCAACAGCCCGUGUCAUUAACAUAAAAUUAUUUGUGAGCCUCUUAUCUGAUUAUCCAAAGGAGUUGAAUCAAGUGCAACUGGACUUGGUAUAUAUCCGUGAAGACGUUUUGCCUCGAACUGAGGAAGAAAAUGGUUCAUGCACAAACUGAGGAAGCCUCUUGGAUGAGAGGCGAAACGUCUUCAGGGAUAUAUACCAAGUCCAGUUGCACUUGAUUCAACUCCUUUGGAUAACCUGGAUGAAUGAGAACAUUCACAGACUCUUAUCUGAUUGGCUAGCAGUACUGCUGGUCCCCCCCCCUCCUCUGACAGGAACAAUAGGUGUAUAAUCAGAGGCUACCUUGCUCUUAGCAUGGGCAGCCUUUAUGCAAAAUUUGGGUUGGUUGUUCCAAGGGCAACAUGACUCCAAGAGACAAAUCAGUGCAGAUUAAAUCUGUAGUGUGUUUGCUUUGCUUAACAGCCUAAGUGCCUAGGAAACU